CCUGACAACAGCCUCUGGUAUGAAGAGAGGAGAAACAACCUGUUGAUUCACAUAAAAAUACUGCAGCUCGGAUUUCCAUUUGGAACUGGAAAUGAGAGCGGUACUUGCAUGGAAAGAGACGAUUCGAGACCAAUGUGUGUACGACAUUGCCUUCAAACCAGAUGGAAGCCAAAUCAUAAUUGCUGCAGGGCUUCGUGUGUUGGUAUAUGAUGCAGCAGAUGGAGCGAUUAUUCAUCCUUUAAAAGGACACAAAGACAUUGUAUACUGUGUGGCCUAUGCUAAAGAUGGUAAAAGGUUUGCCUCGGGGUCAGCAGACAAAAGCAUCAUCAUCUGGACUUCUAAGUUGGAGGGAAUUUUGAAAUAUACUCACAAUGACUCUAUCCAGUGUGUUGCCUACAACCCUGUCACUCACCAACUUGCCUCCUGCUCUUCUGGUGACUUUGGUCUGUGGUCUCCAGAGCAAAAAUCUGUGAAUAAGCACAAAGUGAGCAGUAAAAUAACAUGCUGUGGGUGGACAAACGACGGGCAAUACCUUGCCCUUGGCAUGAUGAAUGGGGUGGUGAGCAUACGGAACAAGAACGGAGAGGAGAAGGUCAAAAUAGAGCGUCCAGGAGGCUCCUCCUCCCCUAUCUGGUCCAUAGCCUGGAAUCCAUCUAAGGAUGAGCACAAUGACAUCCUGGCUGUGGCAGACUGGGGCCAGAAGCUCUCCUUCUAUCAGCUCAGUGGAAAACAGAUUGGAAAAGACAGGACUCUCACCUAUGACCCGUGCUGCAUCAGCUAUUUCUCCAAGGGCGAGUACAUCGUCAUGGGAGGCUCCGAUAAACAGGCGUCGCUCUACACAAAAGAUGGCGUGCGGUUGGGAACCAUCGGGGAGCAGAAUGCCUGGGUGUGGACGUGCCGGGUGAAGCCCGACUCCAACUUUGUGGUGCUGGGCUGCCAGGAUGGGACCAUCGCCUGCUACCAACUCAUCUUCAGCACGGUUCACGGCCUCUACAAGGAUCGCUAUGCUUACAGAGACAGCAUGACUGAUGUGAUCGUGCAGCACCUCAUCACCGAACAAAAAGUGAGGAUCAAGUGUCGUGAGCUGGUGAAGAAGAUUGCCAUCUAUCGAAACCGUCUCGCCAUCCAGCUACCUGAGAAGAUCCUCAUCUACGAGCUCUACUCGGACGACUCAGCGGACAUGCACUACCGCAUCAAGGAGAAGAUCAGCAGGAAGUUUGAGUGCAACCUGCUGGUGGUUUGCUCCCAGCAUAUCAUUCUCUGCCAGGAGAAGAGGCUCCAGUGUCUGUCCUUCACCAGCGUCAGGGAGAAAGAAUGGGUGAUGGAAUCUCUAAUUCGCUACAUCAAAGUGAUUGGUGGCCCGCCGGGCAGAGAGGGUCUGCUGGUGGGGUUAAAGAACGGAGCGAUCCUGAAGAUCUUUGUUGACAACCCAUUUCCCAUCACGCUGCUCAAGCUGUCAACAUCGGUGCGCUGCCUGGACAUGAGUGCCUCCCGCAAUAAACUGGCUGUGGUGGACGAGCACAACACUCUCCUGGUCUAUGACAUUAACAGUAAAGAGCUGCUCUUUCAGGAGCCUAAUGCCAACAGCGUGGCCUGGAACACCCAGUGCGAGGACAUGCUGUGCUUCUCCGGGAACGGCUACCUUAACAUUAAAGCCAGCAACUUUCCCGUACACCAGCAGAAGAUGCAGGGCUUUAUGGUCGGUUACAAUGGCUCCAAGAUAUUCUGCCUUCAUGCCUACUCCAUGUCUGCAGUCGAGGUGCCUCAGUCAGCGCCCAUGUACCAGUACCUGGAGAGGAAGAUGUUUAAGGAGGCUUACCAGAUCGCCUGUCUGGGUGUGACAGACAGCGACUGGAGGGAUUUGGCCACAGAAGCCCUGGAAGGACUCGACUUUGACACAGCAAAGAAGGCCUUUAUUAGAAUACGAGACCUGCGUUACUUGGAACUCAUCAACAGCAUUGAGGAGAGGAAGAAGCGGGGCGAGAACGACAAUGAGCUGUUCCUGGCAGACGUCUAUGCCUACCAGGGGAAAUUCCACGAGGCAGCCAAGCUCUACAAACGCACCGGCCACGAAUCCCGAGCCCUCAGCAUGUACACUGACCUGCGCAUGUUUGAUUACGCCAAGGAGUUUGUUGGGGCAACAGACCCGAAGAGCUCCCGGAUCCUGAUGACCAAGCAGGCAGAUUGGGCUAAGAGCAGCAAGGAGCCGCGGGCGGCAGCGGAGAUGUAUCUGUCAGCAGGAGAACAUCUCAAAGCUAUAGACAUCAUAGGCGAACACGGCUGGGCGGACAUGCUGAUCGACAUCGCCCGAAAAUUGGACAAAGCCGAACGCGAACCGCUGGCAAAGUGCGCUCUCCACUUCAAGAGGCUGAAGCACCACGGCUAUGCCUCGGAGACCUAUUCCAAGAUGGGGGACUUGAAGGCUCUGGUGCACCUGCACGUAGAAACCCGGCACUGGGAGGAGGCCUUCUCCCUGGUGGAGAAGCACCCCCAGUUCAAAAACGACGUCUUUGUGCCUUAUGCUCAGUGGCUGGCUGAAAACGAUCGCUUUGAGGAGGCGCAGAAAGCUUUUCACAAAGCUGGUCUUCAGAAUGAAGCUGUGAAAGUCCUGGAGCAGCUUACCCACAAUGCCGUGGUGGAGAACAGGUUCAACGACGCGGGGUACUACUACUGGAUGCUGUCUAUGCAGUGUCUGGACAUUGCCAGAGAAAGUGAAGAGCAGAAGGAUGAAAUGCUUAAAAAGUUUGAGCGUUUCCAGCAUCUGGCUGAGCUCUACCAUGUCUAUCGCUCCAUUCAGCGUUACACGGAUGAGCCCUUCAGCUCCCACAUGCCGGAGACGCUCUUCAACAUCUGCAGGUUUCUCCUGAACAACCUCACCAAGGACAUACCACCAGGCAUUUCUAAAGUAAACACGCUGUACGCGUUGGCCAAGCAGAGUCGAAAGCUGGGUGCGUUCAAGCUGGCUCGGUAUUGCUACGAGAAGCUCCAGGAGCUGCACAUUCCCUCACGCUUCCAGGAGUGCAUCGAGCUGGGCAGCCUCACAAUCCGGUCCAAGCCCUUCCAUGACAGUGAGGACCUGAUUGAGAGCAUGAUGUGCUACCGCUGCUCCACCAACAACCCGCUGCUGAACAGCCUGGGCAGCGUCUGCAUCAACUGCCGGCAGCCUUUCAUCUACUCGGCGUCGUCGUACGAGGUGCUGCCCCUGGUCCAGUUCUACCUGGAGGAGGGCAUCGGCGACGAGGAGGCGCUCUCCCUCAUCGACCUGGAGGUUCCCGACAGAGACCAGAAGGAAGCGCAGUCGCAACAUUUGGACGGCGGAGAGUCACAGUCCCUGAAGCUGAACGACGGGUUCGACGAUGCGGAUGAAGAUCCGUUCACAGCCAAAAUGAGCUUUGAGCAGGGGGGUUCGAACUUUGUCCCCGUCAAGGUGAGCCGCUCGGUGCUGCGCUCCAUGAGCAGGAGGGACGUCCUGAUCAAACGCUGGCCCCGGCCGCUCAAAUGGGAAUACUUCCGCUCCCUGCUGCCUGACGUGAGCAUCACCAUGUGCCCCACCUGCUUCAAGAUGUUUCACAGCGAGGAUUACGAACUCCUGGUGCUGCAGCACAACUGCUGCCCGUACUGUCGCCGACCGAUCGACGAACCAAACUGAUCGAGUGAAAAACCGGAGCAGCUAUUUUAAACAUUUCGCAUUUUGCACCCUCCAGCUAAUCUUCUGUCUUUUGCAGUUUCGUCCCGCCGUUGAUUUUUGUGCGUUGUGUCACUCCAUUUAUAUUUGCAUUUCAAGCAAGUUGUCCCUGUAAUGUUCUUGGUGUAUUCCGUAGUGUGGAUGUGUAAUUGAAGCCCCCUUUCAAGAGCGGCUCUUUGUUUUUUCAUGGCUGAGUGGCUGAAGUAAUACGACAAGCGGUUGUGUGUGUUGGUCAUUAUAGAGGGAAAGAAAAGUGCACCAUCAGCUUAUCAACCCAACUGGAUUAUUAACAUCAGAUUACCUUGGGCUGUCAGUGUGGGUACACCGAGUCUAAAAUAAGAAUAGAAAACAGCCCAUUUAUUUCAAAACGCUAUUUUCAUAAAUUAAAUUCUGUUUGUCUGCAUGUCCUUCAGCUUCCGCAAUGCAGCUGUGCUAUAUGUUUGACAUGACAUCUUUUCAGUCAUGGAUGUCUUUUUUAUUGUUCGGAGAAGAAUGUUUUUUUGAAU